AUGAUGAACGAUGAGGACAGACCAUACAAAUGUGAUUUCUGUGACAAAUCCUUCUUCCGCCUGGAGCAUAAAGUGCGCCAUGUCCGCACACACACUGGAGAAAGACCACAUGAGUGCACAUUUGAACAUUGCGACAAGAAGUUUGCUCGAUCUGAUGAGCUCCAAAGACAUAUUCGAGUCCAUAAUUCACCGUGCACCAUCACAGUGCGCCGCAGAAGAAAAUCAUCAAAGCUACCUGAUGAAGAAGACUACAUGCGCCAACAAAAACAUUGCUCAAUCUUGCGCUUAGCGCCGGCUGUGAAUACACCUCAUGUAAAUAUGAUUCCUCCUGUUCAAAUGCAAGAUCAACAACGCAAGGCUCGUGAGCGCCGUGUUUCAUCGUCUUCUGUACUCCACCAUUGCCUUGCUUCUGGUUGCUUCAAGUCCUUCUGGAGAAAGGGUCAGCUUGUUCGUCAUCUUGAUAAGCAUCACAAUGUACAUGUAUCAAGGGAAGAUGUUACAGACAAGGAAAAAAUGACCCAGUUACUUGAUUACAUUCCUAGCUUGACUCAUACUCGUCGUCUCUCGGAUGCCUCCACAUGCUCAUCUCUGACAUCGUCUCCUGGCUCAAUUGCUACAGCCGAUCCUUGUGUAUCCCCUCAGCCUUUGAUUGUAGAGCCAUCCAUCAGCUUUGAUAGCGAUGUGGUUAUGAAGGUUCCCGAACAGAAGAAUAAAAUCACGGUACCAUCACUUAGAGAUGCUUUUAUGCCUCCAUUAUUAACAUCACCUCAUACUACAAUUUCCAAUUGCAAACUUCCCUCAUUUAGAACCUUAUUCUCCAAUUAA